AUGCAUUUGCUUCAUAUGUCUGUCGUGUUGUACAUACUAAACACACUACUCGGCGCCGUUCAUGGGCACGCCUACCUUACAGACCCCCCUGGCAGAAACAGCAUGUGGAGAUUCGGCUUCAAUGCAAUGAUAAAUUACAGUGACAACGACCAAAAUUGUGGUGGAUUCCUGCACCAGAAGUAUUUAGGUGGGAAGUGCGGUAUGUGUGGGGAUCCGUAUGAUCAGCCAGCGCCAAGGGAUAACGAGGCUGGAGGAAAAUACGCAACGGGGACCAUCUCAAAAUAUUACACCGCUGGUUCUACCAUUGACAUCACCGUCCGAAUAACAAUGAACCACCUUGGCUUUUUCGAAUUCCGUCUCUGCGAAAAUAACGACGUCACAAAAACGAUUACAAAGAAAUGUCUGAAGCACCUACUUGUAAAUCCAGAGACAGGGGAGACGAAACGUUAUUUUGGCGAUAGGACGGGUGACAUUGUCACCAGAGUUAAACUCCCAAAAAAUGUCACAUGUUCCCAAUGUGUGUUACAGUGGAGAUAUAAGACAGGAAAUAGUUGGGGAACAGACGAUCAAGGAUCCUGUUUAGGAUGUGGGCCACAGGAGGAGUUCUACGGUUGUUCAGAUAUCGCUAUCUCAAGUUCAGGGGUAACUAAUGAGGCAUCGACUCCAAAGACAUCUACUUUGUUGACAACAUCUUCUACAGCAUCUACAACUAAAACAACAGCCGCGCCAACAGAAUCAACUACAGAUUCAAAUAAAACAACAACCGUGCCAACAGAAUCAACGACAGGUACAACUACAACAACAACCGUGCCAACAGAAUCAACGACAGAUACAACUACAACAACAACCGCGCACCCAAAAACUAAACGUUCCUGUGUAUCUAUUGCUGUUAACGCGGAAGAUAAAUGGUGCAAUACUAACUGUAAUCAUGACCCUAGUUUCUGUCCACCAUACCUUUGUUCCUGUAAUUGACUUAUGGGAAAAGGACGUUUUAAAUAUCAAAUUAUUACUUUCCGGUCUUAUUCUACAACGGUUGGUCACAUAUCGGCCUCUGUAAUAUUUAUUUUGAUAGGUAUAAAAUCUUGGUUCCAGAAGGAAUAGCAGGAUGUAUAAAUCUGUGAAAUCCUAGAUCAUAAGAAAACUCAACGAUAAAUUUAUAAUGAUUCAGAAUCUCCAAUUAGUUAGUAAUGCAGUCAGGAAUGCCAUGCAGAUAACUAUAUCAAAAUAUUAUAAAUAUAAAUAUAUAUAUAGAAUAUAAUCUUGUUUAUUAUUUCGAUACAUGUUUAUAUUUAUAAUGCAUUUUUUUGUUACAUCGGGUGGUGUAUCAAGCCAGAGAUUAUAAACUCAUGUUUACAGAACGUUAUAAGGUUAAUUAUUGAAUUAUCUUAUAAUGAAUACAUAACAUAUUUGAUUAAAGCCUGGGAGACUAAUGACCAUGUUUGUAUAUAUAAGUUCGGUACGUAUAUAGUUGCUAUCCUAAUUUUGUUAAACUGAAUUUUAUGAUUAAGUUGUACCUUGUAUCGAUGACACGUGACCUCAUAACUCGUCUGCUAUGGUAUGAAAAUGACCCGUAUCAAUGAACAUGCAAUAUCGAGUUACUGAAGCCUGGAAAAGACCCGUAACAACGAACUCGCGAUAUCGAGAGACUGUAUCACCAUACGUUAGUGAGUUAAUAAGACGAAGACAACACGGUUUCCAAACAAUAAUGUUUGUAAUUCCGAAACGGGGUUGUGCUUUUUCUCAGAAUUUCAUAACCCAAACGACUUGCAGCUUAUGAGACUAUUUACAAUUGUACUUAGUACAGCGACGUAGCAAAUGUAUCCACGACUUUCCUAUGAACAUCACUUUAGAUUUCCAUUAUCAAACACCCCCAGUUCAGACUGGCCUUCAGCGCAUCAUGAAUGGUUUUCAUUGAUCAAUUAUCCAAGUGUAACUGUUAAACUGUCAUAAAUGAUUUCAAUUAAUCAAUUACCCAAGUGCAAUUAUUCAAUUAGCAGUUUCAAUUAUUUGUCUGUUUUGUUACAAGAAGUCGAGUUUUCGUUUAACACAUUCUGAACAUUGUAUAAAUCGUUUGUAUGUGUCAUAUGUACCUGUACACUCAUUGUUUUACAUCUCAUUUCAUAUACAACUGAAGAACCUAAUUUUUCGCUUCCAUAGUCCCAAUCUGUGAGUACAGGUUUUAAUCCAAAAAGUUUUGAGGUGCUGAUCUCUAAUUACAGAC